AUGGAACGCGUGCUGCAACUCGACACUUCUCAGCAACCUCAAUCAACAUUUCAACCUUCCGAUCACAGCAACUUUGAUCGCCACUUCGAUCUCUUGAUCAAUGAAGAAUCAGACGCUCUUGGUCACGAUUCCAGACUGUUCGAAUCGAGUGAAGUCUUGGCACCAGACAUGUUGGACUUGGACGCUUUCAUGUCGUUUGACGCCAAUGAGAACGACCAGUUUGUAGCCGACAAUGCUGCUGCGCAUGAACGACAAGAAACAUUCAAUCUGCUAGCGACAGGUGAACUUUGCUACGAGAGCCCAAAGUCAUCCCGCAAUUCAGAGGAGUCGCAAAGUAUCAUUCCAGAAAGUUACGGUCCUGGGUGCUGGCUGUCUGUGUGCUCGCCUCCGGGUCUCGCGUGGAUACAACAGCGUACUGGGGUGGAUGAAUUUACAGGCAUAGCUGCAGAUUUGACCGUGGCUUGGGCAAAACAACUGAGACUGGAGCGUAACGAGCCAACGCUUCGCACUUCUGAGCCUGAGUCUGAACUGGCAUGGAAAUACUCAUAUGCAUAUUUCGAGAGAUCUGUGGAUUCGAUAUUCGAGGUGGUCUAUCGGCCGGAGUUUGAAUCGCAUUUGCGCCGUCAUUUUGAGAACAGACAAAGCAACGACGAUCCUGCAUGGUAUGCUCUUCGUAAUGCAGUUUAUGCCUCUGGCUGCCGCCUACAUCACUGUGAGAGCCACGCAGCCAGUUUCACCAAUAUUCAAGAAGAAGCCUGGGGUUAUUUUUCCAAUGCACUAUCCGUCCACAGUGAACUGCUGCUGAGAAGCCCCUCUCUACGAGCGGUUCGAGCAUUGUUGGCUAUGGCACUCUUCGCAGAAGGGCUGGGAAGCCCUGCCUUGGGAUCUGGUCUGAUUGCGAAUGCUAUCUUCCUAUCACAGUCCCUUGGGUUGCACAAGAAAGUCCUGCUCCCAGAAUUGGCUCUGGACCCUGAGACAUUACAGCGAAGUUGGCUUUUCUGGGCAGUAUAUUGCUGUGAAAAGAACAUUGCGCGGAGGACUGGGCGAUCUUCCGUCAUUGACGACGACGACAUUAGCUGCGACAUUCCUGCGGUGGCCCACUCCAGGAGUACAAUCGACCCUAUCAUUAUGAAAUACAUCGUUGAAAGCUGCCAGAUCUCGAGCCGAAUCUGUAAAAAGCUGAUGUCGGCCAAAAGGCUGGACAAUCAACCCGGGAAGUUCUUGGGUAUUGUGGCCGAGUUCGAUAAUGAGCUUCGGAAAUGGAAAAAUUCCAUUCCGGUCGCAAUGCGGCCCAAGGAUCAUCUCAAGCAAUUCGAAGUCUCCCAAAACGUGAGCUCCUUGGAGAAAAUCCUGAUACAAAGCUCAUACUACGACCUUAUGAUGGUGAUUCACGCGCCACUUUCAUACCCCUGGAUCACCAACAGAAUUCGAUGCGACUUAAAUACGAAUAUUCGCGCCCGAAUAGAGACUCAGAUUGCUCAAAGCUCGGAAGAAACGGCGAGAGCGGCCAGAAAUAUCAUCAUCAUGGCCAGAAACUUCGAAAUAAAUGGAGCAAAUACACACGCAUUUAUGUUGCACUAUCCCAUGCACGCUUUUAUAAACUUGUUCAUAUACGUCAUCCAGUCUCCGAGGCUGGAGUCCGUUCGGACAGAUCUCGCAUUGCUAGAUGUGGCAGCGGGCUAUUUUGGACAGAUGGACUUCAUCACUGGUUCCAAACUGAGCUUCCCUUUCACACGGGACAUUGCAACAUUUGGACGUCAGAUAAUGGACACUCACGCCAGCCGACCAGCAAACCUACCCCCAUAUCGAGGAGUCUCUCGUUCUCAAAUUCGAAGUGUUGCGCUUGGGUAA